GUAGGAACACGAAGUGAUGCUGUCCUUCUUGUCCCCCUGCAGCUUUCAGAGGGAAUCAACGCAGGCCAAGGCCUGGGGAUCGAAAUCAUUGCCACCUUCCAGCUGGUGUUGUGUGUCCUGGCCACCACGGACCGGAGAAGGAACGAUGUCUCGGGAUCAGCACCCUUGGCCAUCGGUCUCUCUGUUGCCUUGGGGCAUCUGCUUGCUAUCGACUACACCGGCUGUGGAAUUAACCCGGCCAGAUCCUUCGGCUCGGCACUGAUCGCCAACAACUUUGAAAAUCACUGGAUCUUCUGGGUCGGCCCAAUCAUUGGAGGAGCGAGUGCUGCCCUGAUCUACGACUUCAUCCUGGCUCCCAGGACCAGCGACCUGACCGACCGCAUGAAGGUGUGGACCAGUGGCCAGGUGGAAGAGUACGACCUGGAAGGAGAUGACAUGAACUCCCGUGUGGAAAUGAAGCCCAAAUAAAGGAGGACAAGGAAGGGGGGGAAAAAAAAA